AUGGCGGCGGCGGACGGCGGCGGCGGGGGGAACAUGGGCCCGGGCCCACCCCCGGGAACCCCUCCGGGCGAGGAGGCGGCUGGCGCCGCGGCCCUCCCGGACCGUCCCGCUGCCCCCACCGGACCCGAGCCACGGAGGAAGCGCAGCCAGGCACGGCUCCGUAGCCAGGACCAGCCUGUCUGUGUCCUUAGGGCUGCAGCGAACCGGGGCUGGCUUGGUCAGACUGCCCGCUGUGCUCUGUGUGUGUAUGGGGGAUCGGGGCUGUGUCCCCACUCUGCCCCGUGCCUCGCUGAGCUGCUGCCAUCUCAUCUCUAUUCCAGUGUCCCCUCCAUCAACCUGAGCGGCUGCAAGUACGAGAGUGUGCGGCGGGCGGCGCAGCACUGCGGGCUGAAGGAAGCAGGAGAAAAUGAGGAGUGGACAGUGUACUGGACGGACAGCGCGGUCACUUUGGAGCGCCUCAUGGAAAUGAAGCGCUUCCAGAAAAUCAACCACUUCCCAGGCAUGAUCGAGCUGUGCCGCAAGGACCUGCUGGCUCGAAACCUGAACCGCAUGCUGCGGCUCUUCCCCAAGGAGUACAACAUCUUCCCCCGCACGUGGUGCCUGCCAGCCGACUAUGGAGAUUUCCAUGCCUACAGAUCCAUAAAGAAAACAAGAACAUUCAUCUGCAAGCCUGACAACAGCUGCCAGGGAAGAGGGAUCUUCAUAACCCACCAUCCGGAGGAGAUCAAGCACGGGGAACGCAUGAUCUGUCAGCAGUACAUCUCUGAGCCCUUCCUCAUCGAUGGCUUCAAGUUUGACAUGCGCAUUUAUGUGCUGGUCACGUCCUGUGACCCACUGAGGAUUUUUCUCUACAAGGAGGGCCUUGCCCGGUUUGCCACCAUGAGGUACAUCGAUCACAGCACGAAAAACCUGGGUGACAUCUGCAUGCACCUGACCAAUUAUGCAAUCAACAAACACAAUGAGAACUUUGUCAAGGAUGACAUGGUGGGCAGCAAGAGGAAGCUGUCCACUCUGAAUGCCUGGAUGGCAGAGCACAGCUAUGACACAUCAAAGCUCUGGGCAGAUAUUGAUGACAUUGUUAUCAAGACACUGAUUUCGGCUCACCCUGUGCUGAAACACCAUUACCAGAGCUGCUUCUCCAGCCACCCUACUGGCUGCGCCUGCUUUGAAAUCCUGGGCUUUGAUAUUUUGCUGGAUAGAAGGCUGAAGCCAUGGCUGCUGGAGGUGAACCACUCUCCCAGCUUCAACACAGAUUCUCAGCUAGACCAUGAGGUGAAGGAUGCCCUUCUGUGUGACACCCUCAACCUGAUCAAUGUGCACGCCUGCGACAGAAAGAAGGUGCUGGAGGAAGACAAGCGGCGGGUAAAGGAACGGCUCCUUCAGGCCAAUCAGAUUCCCCGUGAGUCCAGGCGCAGGGAGCAGGAGAGCAGCCAGGCUGCCUGGCUGGCACAGGCUGAAGCCUAUGAGAACGAGCACCUGGGGGGGUUCCGACGCAUCUACCCAGCUCCUGGGACAGAGAAGUAUGAGCCCUUCUUCCAGCAGAGCAGGUCCAUCUUCCAGGAAACAGUAGCAUCCAAGGCACGAGAAGAGUAUGCCAGGCAGCAGCUGGAGGUGAUGCGCCUGAAAAAUGAAAAGCUGGAAGCUGCCAUCAGGAAGAAGAAAACAGAAAGAAUGCAGAAUAGAAGCACAGCUCCUACAAUCCACCUCACCCACAGAAGCACUAAGGCAUGGGAUGGAAAGGUGCAGCGCAGGCAGUACAACUCCAUGCAGCCCCAGGACAUUGUGGAACAUGAAGAGAAGAGGAGAGUGAAUGCUCUGCUGCAGCGUGAGAAGCUGAUCCGACACCUGGGCAUCACCGAGCAGCUUUCCCGGCUGCUCCCCACAGCUGACACCCAGGGAUCCUGUGUGCUCCAGAAACAGCUGCAGUUUCCCUGGGAUCUCCUCAGGGACCACAACACCCACGAUUUAAUGAUGCUUAUCUCACUCCUGGGAGUCCCAGCUCAGCCCUUGGGACACAGGAUCAUGCCCAGCCCUAGAGCCCAGGCCCUGCCACGGCACACCCCAGGCCCAGAUCCCAACGACAUCAAGACCCUGUGCAUUCAAGGCCGGAGUGUCCCAUACCACGCGCGGCAGGAGGGCCCCCGGGCAGCAGCCACCCAGCCCUGUGCCCAACCUAAGGGGCUGCAGCUGUGUGACCAGCAGCUCCCUGCCAUUGGAACCCAGGCUGAAGGCUAUGAUGUCGGUAGUCUGUCAUCCUCUGAUGAAGGCAGCUGUCCCCCGGCUUCCCCAGCCAGCCCAGGGCAGGGUGAUGGCAUCUUCCACUGCGCUGUGGUCCCGGAGCUUCCCAUCACCACUGCCGUUCACGCGCAGCAUACACGUGGCUCACAUCAUGGCAGAGCCUCGCAAUGCCAGUGCGUCACACCACGCCAGGACCUCACCCCAUGCCAGUGCCUCACGCAUUCACAGCAUGAAAAGCACAGGUAA